AUGACGAGCGUGUUUAAAAUUUCCAAACAGAGUGACCUGCUGCAGCAAGUGGCUCUAAACGAAUCAGAAAUCAAAGUGAUGUUGAAAGAUGCACCAGCUGAAGGAAACUACCGUCAGGUACCUGCAAACAACGAUGGUCAAUCAACAACGGAAACACGGCAUACUGUUUCACUAACGCCCGAAGAAAUGGAGUCUAUUUUUGAAAGAAAAAGCCCACUGAACCGGAGCAGGUAUGGAAAGCCGCAAAACGUGAAGCCCGAGUAAACGCAUGCUGUUGUACUUGCAAGAGUACAAUUCCAGGAGGAAAACUAUAUAUUAGCCGUUUUCACAUUAGAAGACG